AUGCGAAGGAAGUGGUCUGGGCGGAAGAGCCUCAUUAAAAGCGACCGCUUCCUCGCGAACAAAAAAUCGCAGACCCUCCUCGGACGGAACCGCGAUCUCCCAGAUUUUCUCUCGCGUCCCACACGGAAAUCGCAAGGGAUGCUCUCGGCACUCCGCACCUUGGUCCGAAUGCCUGGCCCCUUCCACGACCCCGUCGUCCUCCGCUCUGCCGACCUCGAGGUGGAGGCAGGUGGAGGAGACCCCCAAAAUGAGAGAGAGACCGAGCCGUGCAUCGUCCUCCUUCCGUUGCCUCUUCGUUCAGACCCCGCCCAGCGAGUGGAUUCCAGCGGCGAUUCCAUCUCCGUGCCUCGGGAUCCCCUGGACCCGGAGUACCAUCUUCUUUAUGACGAAUACCAUCAGAGCGGCCAUCGGACCGGUGGAGAUCCGGAGAUCCGGAGAUCCGGAGAUCCCGGUCUGGAGGAGCGAUGGGCGUUUCUUUUUGGGGACGCGACUGCGAAGACUUGGCUUUGGGGGCAGGAGGCUGAUGUUGCCCUCGAAAGCCGGGUCCUGAUGUUGCCCUCGAAAGACGGGGUCCAGUAUUCGGGAUCGGACAGCGACGCGGAAGGCGGCCUGGGGAACGUGAUCCGGAUGGUCAUGCGGCCGCCGGGUCACAGCGGGAAGGCCAAGCGGGGUCACCUCUGCUUCGACGCCUCGUUCGAGGGAGGGAACCUGGGCCGGGUGGAUUUCAUCACGGAGUACGAGUACGACCUGUUCAUCCGCCCGGACACGUGCAACCCGCGGUUUCGCGUCUGGUUCAACUUCGUCGUCGACAACGUCCGAUCCGACCAGAGGGUCAUCUUCAACCUGGUCAACUUGAGCAAGACCAAGCUUCUCUAUCGAGACGGCAUGACCCCUUUGGUCAAGUCGACCUCCCGUCCCAAAUGGCAGAGGGUCCCGCACCGCUUCACGUAUUACCACAAGAGUCCGGAGCACAGAAACCAUUACGUGCUGAGUUUCGCCUUCGCCUUCGACAAGGACGAUGACGUGUAUCAGUUCUCCUUCGGGUAUCCUUAUACCUACUCCAAGAAUCAGAGCUACCUGGAUCAGGUGGAGAAGAAGAAGCAUUCUCACGUGACUCGGACGCUCCUGGCACAAUCUGUGGUAGGUUUCCCGCUUUUGGACCGGGUUUUCGCUCUCACGAUGAUCGAGUGA